AUCAGUAUUUUUAUUAUUAUUAUUAUUAUUAUUAUUAUAAUAUUAAAUUAUUUUGUCGUGUUUGAACGCCACACAGAGGCGAAUUCCCGUCUUGUCCGGUCCGACCGAUUUCGUUUACUAGUUACCUGCGCUCGCGAUCGUCGGCGAAUCGAAACCGGGAACGGUAUAAUAAAGUGCGUCUCCGCAGUUGAAUAAAAAAAAAAACAAUUUUUUUUUAAAUUCGUAAACAAAUCACAGUACUAAACAAAAUUUCAGAAAUAACAGACGACGAAUUCCGAUCGAUUGACGAACGCCGACGUAUCCGGGAUCUACACGAUUAUCAUACCCAUUUGUCCAUAUUAUUAUUAUUAUAUAUGUAUAAUAACACAUAGGGGAUAACAACAUCAAUGUUUUAGUCGCGUACGGCGGUACCGUUGUUAUUGUUUUCGGGGCGUGUGUGUGUGUGUGUGUGCGCGCGCGUUCAGCGGUGCGAUGGCGUUUAGAUGAGGGGUCCACUAACGCCGUUUAGUUUGCCGGCAAUGAAUAAUAUGGAAGAGGGGUACAACGGCGGCAAGCCGGGCCAACAGCAACAGCAGCCGGGCGGCGGUUUUGGGCAGAAGGGCGACAACGGCGACGGUGGUGGCGUCAACAACAAGGUGAAGUACACGAUGCCCGGCGUGUUGCACUUCAUACAGCACGAGUGGUCCAACUUCGAGCUGGAGCGGUCCCACUGGGAGAUCGACAGGGCCGAGUUGCAGGCGAGAAUUGCAUUUCUUCAGGGUGAAAGAAAAGGUCAAGACAAUCUGAAAAAUGAUUUAAUUCGUCGAAUUCAAAUGUUAGAACAUGCGCUACGAGCUGAAAGAGCAAAAUAUCAUAAACUAAAAUAUGGCACAGAAAUUCCACAAUCCGAAAUGCAACUACCUUCUGCUUCUUCGAGUGCACAAGAUGAAUAUUCUUCUAUACCAGAAGUUGGUGCAGAUAGUGAAGCCCCUUUAUCAUCAGUCUCAAAUGUCAGUUGGAAACAAGGCAGGCAACUACUUAGAGAAUAUCUACAUGAAAUUGGGUAUACGGAUACAAUAAUUGAUGUUCGGUCAUCACGUGUUCGAAAUCUUUUAGGUCUGAAUAAUAAUAACAAUUUGAGUGGUAUAGAACAAGGGCAAAGCGAUAAUAAUCAGAUUAAUGGUAACAACUACAAUAAACGUUUUAGCGACAAUCAAGGCCAAUGUUCCCCUACCAAGCGAACACAGCAGCAACAACAGCAACAAAACCAAAAAAAAUUACUAGAUGUUGAAUCAGCUGUCAUGGCAAAUUUUGAGUUUUUAUCUGAAAUGCGUAGCACAAGUGAUUCUGGAGAUGUAGAUAUGGAUGAUGAUGGUGUUGAUGAUGAUGAUGAUGAUGAUGAUGAAGAUGAUGAUGAAAUGGGGAUGGCGGAUGAUGUCAUUGAUAUGACAUCUAUUUGUAAAUUUGGCCCUGAUGAUGUAGAUGCAGAGGCUGAAGAAGUUGUAAAUGAGCUACAAUUAUUGACAGAAGAUAUUAGUAACAAAGAAAAUGAACAAAAUGACUGGAAAGUUUCAAAUAGAGAUGUGUUUAACAAGAAUUCAAAUAAUGCUAAUUGGAUAAAAAAUGAACCAGUUGAAAUGGUUGAUGGCAAUAUGGAUUUAGCUUUAGGGUUAGGAGAAUUGGCGCAACUUACUGUAAAUAAUGAAUCAGAGACUAAUGCAGAUAUUAUUGAUAUGAAAACUGCAUCAAGAAAGACAUGGAAUGCUAAGUACACUCUACGUAGUCAUUUUGAUGGUGUUCGUGCUUUGGCUUUUCAUCCAACUGAAUCUAUUUUAAUAACUGCUAGUGAAGAUCAUACUAUGAAGCUUUGGAAUUUGCAAAAAACCAUUGCUCCUAAAAAAUCAGCAUCUUUAGAUGUAGAGCCAUUAUAUACAUUUAGAAGCCAUACUGGACCAGUAUUUUGUUUGGCUAUCAGUAAAAAUGGUGAACACUGUUACAGUGGUGGUUUGGAUAAUGUAAUCAAAGUUUGGUCAAUGCCAUCAGCUAAUAUAGAUCCCUAUGAUUCUUAUGAUAAAAACAUACUGAUUAAUAACCUAGAAGGCCAUGAAGAUGCUGUGUGGGGAAUUUCAGUUCAUCAUAACCGUUCAGAGUUAUUAUCAUGUUCAGCUGAUGGUUCAGUUAAACUUUGGUCACCAACCAAUCUCAAGACACCAUGUUUGUCGUCUUAUGUUUCUGAUCAAGAUGAAAUUCCUACUUCAGUCGAUUAUGUCAGAGAUGUUGAAGGUCAAUUUGUCGCAUCAUAUAAUUCAUCUCAUUGUGUUAUUUAUGAUAUUGAAACCAAGAGUCCUAUAACUCGAUUAGAAUGCUCAAAGGAUCCAACUGAAAUGGCAACUCAGCUAAUUCAUCGGGUUAAAUGCCACCCAACAUUACCUCUAACUAUUACAGCACACGAUGACCAUCAUAUUCGUUUCUUUGAUAACAAUACUGGCAAAAUGGUUCAUUCUAUGGUUGCCCACUUAGACGCUGUUACUAGCUUGGCAGUGGAUCCUAAUGGCCUAUAUUUAUUAUCUGGAAGUCAUGACUCAUCCAUUAGAAUAUGGAAUUUAGAAAGUAAAACUUGUGUACAAGAAAUCACUGCACAUCGAAAAAAGUUAGAUGAAUCUAUAUUAGAUGUUGCGUUUCAUCCAUCUGAAGCAUAUAUUGCCAGUGCUGGAGCUGACAGCCUAGUCAAAGUAUUUGUAUAGGUACAGUAAAUGUAAAAUAUAAAUUAGUAAGACACUCAGUUAAUUGUAUCUUGGUGUCUUUUGUUUGACCGACUUUUGAUCAAAUCCAUCAUUGUAGUGUUUUGCAGUAAUCAUGAUUUAUUAAGUUGAAUUAUUACUUUUUCUUUUGAAAUUGUUUUAUUAUAUUCAUUUUUUUCUAAAACUAAACAUUUAAAAAUUUUGUGCAUAACUUAUUAAGUUUCUGUGAU